GGCGAAGCGAGGGGGGCUCGGAGCAGCUGGCAGGGCAGGAAGCUGUGCGCCCUGAGCCUUGGAGAGGUGGGGGCGCUGCGCCCUAGCGCACGGGCCGCUCCCCAGCUCAGGCAGCAGGGCCCCGGGGCGGUGCCCGGUGCCCCCGCCGCUGCUGGCGGGAGGGAGAAGCCGCUCAGUCCCCGGGGCCGUCCCAGCGCCCUGGAGCCGAGCCGCUGGGUGGGCAGCCUGGCUAUGGUGCGCGGCUCCCGGCUGCAGCGCCCGGGGAGAGCCUAGCGGCGGCGCCCCGGGAGGCGAAGGAGAGUCCCCAGUGCCGGGCGGCGAUGCGGCCGGGAGCUGCGCGCCGGUGACCGUGGUGGGGCGGGGAGCUUGUGGCCGGCCCGGGCGCUGCUCCGCCCGCCGCAGUGGUCCCCUGCAGGGGCUUGUGCCAUCCGGCUGCCUGAAUCCCCGAGCCUCAGCCGCCGCCUCGCAAUGCUUCGCUGGAGCAUUAAUCGCUUUUGCGCUGGCGAAGAGAAACGAGUUGGAACACGCACGGUGUUUGUUGGCCACCGCCCUGUUUCAGAAACCGAUGCUUACGUCGAGCAGAAAUUCUGUGAUAAUAGAAUUGUCUCAUCCAAGUACACUGUCUGGAAUUUUCUUCCGAAGAAUCUUUUUGAACAGUUUAGAAGAAUUGCCAACUUUUAUUUCCUUAUCAUUUUCCUUGUGCAGGUGAUAGUAGAUACACCAACCAGCCCAAUAACCAGUGGACUUCCACUUUUCUUUGUGAUUAUUGUUACAGCUAUCAAACAGGGCUAUGAGGACUGGCUGAGACACAGAGCUGACAAGGAAGUAAAUAAAAGCAGCGUCUUCAUUGUUGAAAAUGCAAAGCAAGUGAAAAAACACAGCGAAAAAAUCAAGGUUGGCGAUAUUGUAGAAGUGAAAGCAGACGAAACCUUCCCCUGUGACCUGAUCUUCUUGGCAUCGAGUAAUGACGAUGGGAUCUGUUACGUCACGACGGCAAGUCUGGAUGGCGAGUCAAAUUUCAAGACUCAUUACGCAGUGCGGGAUACUACUGGGCUCCGGACAGACGACGACAUCGACUCCCUGACUGCCACAAUUGAAUGUGAGCAGCCUCAACCUGACCUCUACAAAUUUGUUGGAAGAAUUAACAUCUACAGAAGUAACCAGGAGCCUGUAGCCCGGUCUUUGGGUCCCGAAAACCUGCUGCUGAAGGGUUCUACUUUAAAAAAUACAAAGAAGAUUUAUGGAGUUGCGGUUUAUACUGGAAUGGAAACAAAAAUGGCUUUGAACUACCAAGGAAAAUCACAAAAACGGUCAGCUGUAGAAAAAUCAAUCAACGCCUUCUUGAUAGUGUAUUUAUGCAUCUUAGUGAGUAAAGCUACGGUGUGCACCACUCUGAAAUACAUCUGGCAGAGUAAUCCGUUUAAUGAUGAGCCAUGGUAUAACCAAAAGACAAUAAAAGAAAGAGAUAUGUUCAAGAUCUUAAGAAUGUUCACAGACUUCCUGUCAUUUAUGGUUCUGUUCAAUUUCAUUAUCCCGGUCUCCAUGUACGUUACUGUAGAAAUGCAAAAAUUCUUGGGCUCCUUCUUUAUUGCUUGGGAUAAGGAGAUGUAUGAUGAAGAAAUCAAGGAAGGGGCACUGGUGAAUACCUCGGACCUCAACGAAGAACUCGGUCAGGUCGAGUAUGUGUUCACAGACAAAACUGGAACCCUUACUGAAAACAGCAUGAAGUUCAUUGAGUGCUGCAUAGAUGGACACAAGUACAAAGACGGCAUUUCAGAGGUGGAUGGGUUCUCUCACACGGACGGGCCCCUGAAAUAUUAUGGGAAAGCAGAAAAGUGUCGAGAAGAGCUGUUCCUCCGUGCUUUGUGUCUGUGCCAUACGGUUCAAAUCCAAGAAGGAGACAACGUAGAUGGAUUGAGAAUAAACCAGGAGCGCAGGACCUAUAUCGCCUCUUCACCAGAUGAAAUAGCUUUGGUAAAAGGCGCCAAAAAGUAUGGUUUCACUUUUCUAGGACAUGAAGCUGAUUACAUGAAAGUACAGAACCAAAAGAAUGAAAUUGAAAAGUAUCAGCUUCUUCAUGUACUAAACUUUGAUCCUGUCCGCCGCCGGAUGAGUGUUAUUGUGAAAACCAGUACAGGAAAGUUCCUCCUAUUCUGUAAAGGAGCAGACUCUUCUAUGUUUCCAAGGGUGCAACAAGAUGAAAUACAACAAACUAAAGUGCAUGUGGAACGUAACGCAAUGGAUGGAUAUCGAACUCUUUGUGUGGCCUUCAAAGAACUAACUCAAGAGGACUAUAAAAAAAUUAACGAUCAGCUCAGUGAAGCGAAAAUGGCUCUACAGGACAGAGAAGAAAAGAUGGCCAGGAUUUUUGAUGACAUAGAGACCGACAUGCAUUUGAUAGGGGCUACUGCUGUGGAAGACAGACUGCAGGAGCACGCGGCGGAAACCAUUGAGGCCCUGCAAACGGCAGGCAUGAAGGUCUGGGUGCUGACUGGGGACAAGAUGGAAACUGCAAAAUCCACCUGCUAUGCCUCCAGGCUCUUCCAGACAAACACUGAAUUACUGGAGCUGACCACAAAAACGAUGGGAGACAGCGACAGGAAAGAGGAUCGAUUACACGAGCUGUUGCUGGAGUAUCAUAAAAAGCUGCUGCCGGAUUUCCCCAAAAAUAGCGGAAAGCUUAAAAGGAGCUGGACGGUGAGCCAAGAAUAUGGACUGAUUAUAGAUGGCUCGACGCUGUCGCUGAUAUUAAAUCCUUCCCAGGAUUCCAGUUCCAGUAAUUACAAAAGCAUUUUCCUACAGAUUUGCCUGAAGUGUACUGCAGUUCUGUGUUGUCGGAUGGCUCCUUUGCAGAAAGCCCAGAUCGUUAGAAUGGUGAAAAACACCAAGGGCAAUCCAAUAACACUAUCAAUAGGAGAUGGUGCCAACGAUGUUAGCAUGAUCUUGGAAGCACAUGUUGGAAUAGGUAUAAAAGGCAAAGAAGGUCGUCAGGCAGCAAGAAACAGUGACUACGCGGUUCCAAAGUUUAUGCAUUUAAGAAAAUUGCUACUGGCACAUGGGCAUUUAUAUUACGUGAGAAUAGCACACCUUGUACAGUAUUUCUUCUAUAAGAACCUUUGCUUCAUUUUACCACAAUUUUUAUACCAGUUCUUCUGUGGAUUCUCGCAACAGCCUCUGUACGAUGCUGCUUACCUUACAAUGUACAACAUCUGCUUCACAUCACUACCUAUCCUGGCCUACAGUCUACUGGAGCAGCAUAUUAACAUUGAAACUCUGACCUCAGAUCCAAGAUUGUAUAUGAAAAUUUCUGAUAAUGCCAUGUUACAAUGGAAGCCUUUCUUAUACUGGACCUUUCUAGGCGCCUUUGAAGGACUUGUGUUUUUCUUUGGAGUUUACUUUCUUUUUCAAAAUUCAUCAUUAGAAGAUAAUGGAAAGGUUUUUGGGAACUGGACGUUUGGAACUAUUGUUUUUACUGUAUUAGUGUUCACCGUCACUCUGAAGCUCGCGUUGGAUACUCGAUUCUGGACCUGGAUGAACCACUUCGUGAUUUGGGGCUCCUUAGCCUUUUAUGUCUUUUUCUCGUUCUUUUGGGGAGGAAUCAUUUGGCCUUUCUUGAAGCAGCAACGAAUGUAUUUUGUAUUUGCUCAUAUGGUGACGUCCGUAUCAACCUGGCUGGCCAUAGUUCUCCUUAUCUUUAUCAGCCUUUUCCCGGAGAUUCUUCUAGUAGUUUUUAAAAAUGCGAAAAGGAAAAACCAUCAGGAACAUCCACUAUCUUCAUGCUCUCUCAAACUUCCAGCAAUCACAGCUUUUCUUGGAAUGAAUAAGACUGUACCCUUUAAUUUGCCUAUGCUAUUGUCCUACAAACCUAUGGAGAAUGGUUACACCUCUGAAAUGAAGCUCGAAGAUGCUGUUACUAACUUGACACAAAGAUGCCAUCUCAGGAUACCUCAAAUGCAACAACUUUAAACACUGCACCGUGUUGUGCUCCAGGACAAGACGUGUGUUUGAACUCACAGUUCUCUUUAAGAUGACACAUGUAUUGUAAGCAGCCCUGCUGACUAAGCAGCGGAGGCACUGGCCCUCAUUUUUUUCAAAGUCUGAAAAUGGAAAAGUCUGGGACAUAAAAAGUCCAUGGAAUCGGGAGUGGAGAAAAGAACACCUAGAAUUCCAUGAAAAUGGAACAAUAGAAACUCUAGAGACACAUGGAUGCUCCUUAUGCCCACUGAAUAGGAGGAGACUCCUCCAUUACAGAUUCAUCCAACAGCAAUGAAUGGCCACUAAAGUCUUAUUCUUUUGCCUGACCAAAGAAGUAGCACAGCCUUUCUGCUUAAUCACAGUCUUGUCCAGCUCCCUUGGAAGACACUGGAAGUUGGGUUGGACCCUAAAUUAGAACCACGGUCUGUCGUCUUGCACAGCUCCCGUUGCUGCUAAUGAGAGCUGAAGCCAGGAUGUGAUCGUUAGAAAAGUUCAGCUUUCAAAUCCACGCAGCAGAAAUACUUGAAAAUAUUGAAGGACUGAGCUGCUGAUGGCGUGAAAUGUCCAGUGGCAUCCCCUUUCCAUUGCAAACGGCAGGGUUAGACUGUUAAAUGUUCUGUUUAUUAAAAUGCAGAAGUGUGUCAGCCUGAACGUUUCUGAGGAGCCGAUCAAAAUAUUGGAAGAGUUUUCAUGGGGCAAGACUUCUUUUCCACAUUACCAAAUUUGAUUCUGGAACAGGCGGAAGACACAAUGACAAACCCUUUCCCCUUAUGUAUUGAAAAUACACGGAAUUCUUUUAUUACUCAUGAAAAGCUCCUUAGUCAGGAAAGAAUCUUAAAUAAAAGUUAUGUUGUGCCAGGUUUUCAGCCAAAGCUUAACUGGGCCUCUGUGGUUAUGCUCACGCUCCUGUGAAUGUAAUUGCAGUUGUUUGGAGACCUUAAAGACCUGAAUGGCAGUCACAGUCAGGGCCUUAAGUGACCCAUUGACAUUGAUUGUGCUUGCAAAUAAUACCAGAUAAAUCUGCAAUCUCCAUUACCUGCACCAACAAAAAGGGAGGUCAGUUUUAAAAAUAAGUGAAUAAAUACAUCUGGUUCUAGGAGUAUCAUUUUACUUGGUUCUAAAAUCAGCAGAUUUUUUUUUUUAAAUCUGCAUAUAUCAAGAUGUUGAUGUUGAUUUAAUAAUACCACGUGUGCAUAGCAUAAAGGUAAAAUGCUUGACAACCAACUUCUAUUUGUUUUUUAUUAUGCAGGAAAACAAUACUACUUUGAUUAUAAACAAUCCUGAGUGAGCAUGGAUUAAGUGCAAUUGGCAUUUUAUUUUUUUAAUAAUAUUUUUCCACCAGGUUGACUUCCCCUUCAUCCUGUAUGGCCCAGGUUUCCCUGUGCCAGAUAAAGCAAACAAAUAAAUACUUGGGAUAAAAAUUUUCAGAGUAUGUAAGUCCCAUUUUCUUAGCCUCCCAAGUCUUAUUGCAGGUCAAUGAGACUUAGGCUCCUAAGUCACUUGGGCACUUUUGAAAAUUUUACCUUUAGGCUUUGCUUUGCUCAUGCACAAAGAGACUAGAAGUUAGGGCUGGACAGAAAAUUCCCAUCUCCAUGAAAUUUCGAUGAACAACAGAAAAAUUUUUUGCAAAAAAUAAUUUUCCAUUCCCUCCCUUCAAAAAGUUUGGAAACUCUAAAACUGAAAAGGAGUUGGCACUACUGUUCUCAGAAAGCCGUGCACCUGAUUUUAUGCCUGCUAAUAGACUUGGUUUUAAAAAACACUGACAGGUUGUUCAGUCUCUUGGCCUCUCUCCUCCUGCCUCUGAAGUUGUUGGGACAUUUCCUGAGGAAAAGCUGGAUCGGGCUCUCCUGCCCCCCAAGUAAGGGCAGGCAAAUCCUCAUCUAUAUAUAAGCAGUCACCCCAAGCCUGCCAUUCAUGGAAAGCGAAGAGCAGAAACUGCAUGCAAGAGACCUCUGUCACCCCUGCAUGUCAUGACUGCUUUAUGCUACUCAACAUGGGGCGGGGGGAAAUGUGAGCAGGACACCCCACAGCUCCUAAGACCCAGCAUGGACAAGAGAGUGGUCAGCCCCAUUCACUGCACUGCACCUUACCUAGCAGUAGUGGCCGCGGCGCAGCCACGCCUUGCUGAGCACAGGGGUGGGAUUGCAUUCCCCUUCGUAUUCCCUAUAAGCAAGGCCCCUUUUCCUUUGGCUCGUCCCAUGGGACUCGAAUGGAGCCUUAGGUCUUGUCUGACCACCAGUGUUGAUGGCUAACGUUGUGCCUACACAUUCGAGCAUGAGGGGCACAUCCCACCGAUACACUGACAAUACGGUCUGUACGCCAGCUCUGAUCUUUCUGCUUCUACGCACAGUUCUGUUUGCUUGUAUGUUUAUAUAAUCUUCAAAAUGUGGGCACUGAAAGGCAGACUUCCAAUGAUCUGAGACCAUUCCAAGGCUGACGCGGACCGCCUCCUUCCUGGUUUGUUUUGUGUAGCAUUCUACAUUGUUGGGAUCCAAUUCCGUUCCGGCGGAUGCCAGCUGAAUUUUUGCUUUUGGCUUCAGUGAGAGCAGGAUUGUGGUAUAUUCUCAGGAGUACUGAUGGGGGAGGGGAGGAGGAAGGGAGGAAUAACUAUCCUGCAUUUUAAGAGUAAGCUUGAUUGGAACCAAAUUUUUCUCUUUCCAUCUCCAAAUAUUUAAGUGAACCAUUCACUGUAGACCUACAUCUGACACCAAAACUGAUGCGAGGAUCCACAAGGGUGGGCUGGAAUUAACACACAACAUCUAGCAGACCAGCUGUAGAGUGUUGGAAAUACAGGCUUUCUUGGGCAAGGGUCUUAGCUAGUGUAUUGGUGCAGCCCCACUGAGUUCAGCAGAGCUAUUCUGAUGUACACCAGCUAAAGAUAUGACCCUCCGGAUUCAAAACUAGCAAACUCCAAAUCUAUUGCUUCCUGAGGACCUGCGGUAUAAGAGAGAACAGAAGAAUGAAUUUUGCAGUUAGGGAGGUCCUGCAGCUGAGGUCCUACCAGAGAUUAGAUAGCUCAGAAUGGCAAUAAUUUGACAGUAACACAAUACUGUGAUUGUUGUUCACAUCAAAUACAAGUUGUAUUGUUACGCCACAUUUCAGUAAUGAGCUAAAAGGUCAGUAGGAGCUUAUAGGUGGAAAAUCUUGAAGGAAACUGGUUAGUGUUUCUAACAAUUCCCUGCAUAUUAAUCACACUGAUUAGUGACCCAGAAAGUUAAGAAAAGUAACUAGACUCGCUCAAAGUACUAGUGACAAGUUUCAUAAACUCAGUCUAUUUUUCAAAACUAAUCUUUGUAUGAGGAUAGUAUAAAUUGCCAGGAAUUACAUACAAAUUGAAAUGCAAAUUUGCAUACCUACCUACCAGUGGAAGAUAUAAUUAAUAUCACGGUUGCACCACUCAUCCAACUUCUCAGCCAUGGAAUUUUUUUAAAUAAUGUAGCAUAUAAAAAGGUGUAAAUUAUACACAGUUGAUGAGAAGAAACAUUUUUCAGCUUCUUUUAAAAAAUUGGGACUGCAAACUUACCUUUCCCCCUUCCCCACGUAAAAUGCAAUUUUAUACAUGUGUUGCUUUAUAUAACAGAUAUUGAAUGUGAAUGUUACCUUUUAUGAAUGCAACUUGCCCUUUUUCAUUACGGAAACUUCUGUUUGAAGUAAUCAAUAAACUUUGGUAUGUUCUGA